AGGGCACUACUUGUAAAAUGGCCAGCUCAACACAGAGUGGAUUUGUGGUCGUCACCCAGAUGUACCCUCCGCAAAGUGGUCCUACUGCACCAGCUUUCUGCACUACCCCACAUGUUUCCUCUGCGUUGGGAAAGUUUCUGAAAGGAGAUCCAAAGGCACUGGGGACAGUGCAAAUAAUGAUUGGAGUGCUGAACAUAUUAUUUGGCAUCACAAUGGCCGUCUAUGCUGACAGCAUUGGUGUUUACUCUGGGAUUGUUUUCUGGGGAGCGCUUAUUUACAUUUCCUCAGGAGCUUUGAGUGUUGCCGCUAACAACAAACUCAACAAAUGCCUGGUGAGAGGAGCACUUGGAAUGAAUAUCAUCAGCACCAUAACUGCUGGCCUUGCGAUAAUCCUGUUCUCCCUGGACUUUGUUGUUGAAAUGAGAUAUUCCUGCUCUGGCAGUGACAAUUCAUAUGCCUCCUACUCUUGCCAAAGGCUUCGGAAUACUCUUGAGACCAGGUCACAUGGGAUUAAAGGAGUGCUGUUGGUUUUCUCCAUCCUGGAGUUCAUCAUCUCCAUCUGUGUGUCAGCAUUUGCAUGCAAAGCAGUGUGUGACUGCUCCACAGAGCAAGUGGUAUAUAUAACACCCGCAAGCAGUCAAGUCAUAUCAGAUAAUCGUCUCAUCUCAACACCAAAUACUUAUCAGACAACAGUUUCACCCGUUUUGGGCCAAACUGUGAUGGGCAGCAUGCAAACAGACAAGCCUCCUCAAUAUGAUGAAUCCAAAGACAUGCGGCCUGCUGGGAGUUGUUUCUUGAAGAGGUUUGUAGCGAAGUAUCACGUUAAGUAUUUACUGCGCAGUUUCUGGGCUCAUCGGAGCGAAACCCCUGCUUGUAAUAUGGCCAGCUCAGCAGGCAAUAGUGGCCAAUUCGUGGUCGUCACACAGGUGUAUCCUCAGCAAAGUGGUCCUACUGUACCAGCUUUCGGCCCUACCCCACAUGUUUUCUCUGUGUUGGGAAAGUUUCUGAAAGGAGAUACGAAGGCACUGGGGACAGUGCAAAUAAUGAUUGGAGUGCUGAACAUAUUAUUUGGCAUCGUAAUGGCCGUCCAUGCUGACAGCAUUGGUGUUUACUCUGGGAUUGUUUUCUGGGGAGCACUUAUUUACAUUUCCUCAGGAUCUUUGAGUGUUGCUGCUUACAACAAACUGAACAAGUGCCUGGUGAAAGGAGCCCUCGUGAUGAACGUCUUCAGUACAAUCACUGCUGGCUUUGCUAUCAUCAUUUUCUCUCUAGAUUUGGUGAUACGAAUGAGAUUUUACUACUGCUAUGACAGUGACUAUUCGUCCAGCAACAGCUUUUGUGAACAGCUUUGGAUUUUACAAGAGUCUAGAUCACGUGGGAUCUCAGGAGUGCUCUUGGUUUUUUCCAUCCUGGAGUUCAUCAUCUCCAUCUGUGUCUCAGCAUUUGCCUGCAAAGCUGUGUGUCACUGCUUCUCAGGGCAAGUGGUAUAUAUACCACACCCAAACAAUGUCGCACCAGGAAACCUCAUCCCAGCACCAAGUAAUCAUGAGAUGGCAGUUCCACAUAUUUUGGGGCAAAGUGUGAUGGGCAGCAAGGAAACAGAGAGGCCUCCUGCUUAUGCUGAGGUCGUUCCAUGAAAGAGAGGUCAUAGUGGUCACAGGCAUUACUGGUGAUGUUCCUACACAUUUUCUGGUAAUGCUAUUUGAGAAGAACUUCUAUAUAAUAACAACAUCAGCUGCUUUUUCAUAACCAACAAAGAUCAAUUAGGUUUGUUGUACUUAGCGCUUUCUAUAAUAUAUUCCAUUAUAUAUUUACAGCGCUUACCGACAGCGUCAUGCAUAUUAUGAAAUAUCUUACUGAAUGUAUGUUACCAAUUAUAUAGAACAGGGCCUCUCUACAGUUAGGAAGGCUAAACAUGUUUUGGUUGCAUUAGGUCUGUAGCCAUGGAAUAAAAUCUGCUUUUAAUGUGUAAUGAAGUACAAAUGACAGACUGUGCCUAAAAAUAAAAAUUUUAAAUUUCAAAAUGU